AUGACGCUGCUGAUUUACAUGCUAUGUAAGUACAUAAUUGGCGGACUUAGCAACUAAUAACACGGGCUUUGUUUUAAUGCCAAUAGCAUUUCCAAAAAGAGACGGCAGGAUGCAGCUUCCAUUGACCCCUUUCCUCUCUCUUUCAUACCAGGGAGGGAGUUCCAGCUGUCACCCAGUGAGAGCAAUGGCACUGCUUUGUUCUCCCUGAAUAAGUGAGUUCCAGCACUUGGAACAGAAGCACAGGCUAACACAAGUCCCCGGGACACCCUGGACAAUUCCCUUUCCCAGCUUGCAAUUCUCUCCUCCUUUCCCAACUAAUUCUCAUUUGCUGUGGGAGAGCCCCCAUUUCUGGUCCUCGGCGCCCUGCCCUCUGCUAGGGCUCCAGUCCCUUCAAGGAAAGUGUUUGGGGAAAACAGGCCACAAAGGAUAAGUCCAUGGCUAAUGUGGCUGGAUCCAUAGCCCACCUAAAUAUUGAGAUAUAUGCAGGGCUUUUUUCAGCCGGAAUUCAUCAGGACUCAGUUCCAGCCCCUCUCAGGUGGGUGAUGUUUCCAUUCUAAGAGAACAAGGGAGUCAUUAAUGGCGAGUUUGAGUGCCUCUUUUUCUAGAAAAAUAGCACUGGAUAGAUGAACACAUGGCCUAUCUGCCUAGCGAGUUCAUUUUUUAAGGGCACUCCAAAGUAAGCAAAGCUCGGAGGGAGGGAGUCAAAUGAUCCAAGAAUUUGCAUAUUUUAAGCAUAUGGCAGAGCAUGAGGCAGCCUGGCAAAUGCAAGUCUGUAGGACAAAGAGGACAGGUGUAUCUAGACAACCAAAAAUCUAAUGCUCUCUGAGGAAGGCCAGCCAUGGAAACAGAACCCCAGCCACCAGGGCAGCCACAAUCAAGGCAUAGGAAACCUCAGUAUAAGGGUUUGGAGCAGAAAAUAUUAAUAGAAGUCAUAUUUUUGUUUUUGUUGAUUUGAUUUUUUAUUCGCCCUUCUCCCUAAGGUCCCGGGACCUGUUACAAGUCAGCAUUUAAAAUUAAAUAUUAAUAGCAGUUUGAAACCAAGUAUCCCGCUUGCACAGCUCAUCAGACUAGUGGGCUAGAACACAUUUUCUUAAUUUCUUUUCUACCUUUUAGAUAAGAAGGAAGUGGGAAAAAGAGCAGAGUUCCAAGAGGCAAUGAACAUUAUUCGAACCUUUGUGGUUGGGAUUGAUUCAAACUAUAUGGACAAGGAUGGUAAACAUUUUAUAUACAAAUCCUCACUUUUGCUAAAACAGGUUUCAUUUAAACAGAUUUCAAUUCCUGUAGUUAAAUUUGGGGUUCAUAUUGCUUGAGCCAUACAUGUAUUCAGUGAAACUCAGCACCCAAUAGAGUUUAUCCCUGUUUCAUUGCUCAGCAGGAAGAAAAGCAGACAGUUGUGAUUCUCACACCUCCCCACUAGAAAUGCUGUCCUCCCCCAUCACACCGCAAUUCACAAUGUUUGUGCUAGUGUAAGAUUUUAGCACUAGCACAAGGGAACGUUCCCCCCAUUUCUCCCUGCAUGCCAUCAACAAAGCUGCUCUCCAGGGAGGGGGAAACUUCAGAACAGAUUGGAGGGAAGGGGGCUGAAGAUUGCAUUGCGCAAAGAGAAAUUCCUGCGCUUACGUAACGUCCUCUUUAGAACUAUAGGGAAUGCAACCAAAUAUUCAUCAGAAAAAGAGUUUGGGUGCCUGUAUUUUCUUAGAUCUCACAAAGCAUAAUUGAAAACUGCAAAGUAAUCUUUGUAUAUUUGGCUCUACUGUGGGAUUCAGGGAGGAAUUGCUUUGUGACUCUGUGAUUCCCAGCAGAAAAGGAGGACAUAGGAGGGGAACAUCAGAGAUACUUCAUGAGUCACUUUUAAUAUGAGAAUAGGAUAGUGGAUUGCAUGGGUCUUUGGUCUGAUCCAGCCGCAGGAGUCUUCAGAGACUUUUCAUUGGUGAUCUCAGCCACAGAGAAUCAAAUGUGCCCUCAUAUUCAUAAAAACCCCGUCCUGGAGCUCUGCUCCUCGUUUUAGGCUAGAGCGUUUCAAAAUGUUUGAAAAUGGUUUCUUAGGAUUUGCAGAUUGUUAUUUCAGAUGCUCCUGCCUUAAACCGUUUCUAAUCUUUUAGACUUCCAAAUACUCGCUGCAGCUCAAAACAUAUCAGAGGAAAUGCGGUAUUUUGCCAACAGAAAUGAUCAACUGCAAAAGGAAAUUGGUAAGCUACCCUACGAUGCUGGAAAAUUGUAGUGCAGUGGGAAUCAGCCCUGGGUCUGCACCAGCUGAAAGCCCCUCCUCUAGCUGAAAACUCUUAGAGCCAGAGCAGAGAGCUGCCACCCUAGGGAAACAUCAGGGAUGCUCAGUUUAGCUCUCCUGGACUUUGGAACUGAUUUAGCUUCUGCAGUGAGGAAAGAAAAGACUUUGCCAUUCUUUGUUAUAACAGAGACAAUCAAAACAGGUCAGCUAAAAGACCUGUCCUUUCUUAUACUGACCCACGGGAGAGGGAUUCUUGAGCAGCACUUUCAAGGCAACUUCCGCCAACUUAGAGAGACGGCUGGGCAGUGGGGUGAUUGGUGCAACGGCAGACCCAGCACAAUGGAAACCGACUCUGCUCUGGACACCCUUUGAGAUUCAUCUGCUGUAAUAGCAGGGUCAAGAUGCAAGCAAUUUUAUCCUCAAAAUGCUUUGCAAACAAGUCACAGAAAGCUGCUCUCAGACUGUAGCAGGCCCCAUGCUACCCGGGAAAGCUCUGCUGGAUGGCACAAUGGAGGAAGCAAAGCAAGCCUUCUUUGUAGCCUUCACUGCCACUUGGUGGGCUCGAUGAUGAGCCCUCACCAGUAGUCGAUUGCAUUCAACCAGAUUUUUCCUCCACUCACAUUCAAGCCAUCUCUCAGAUUCUUUCUUCACCCUAACCUCUGCAGUAGACCAGGGGGCCAAACAGGCUGCAUGAAGAGGGAGAGGGCACUCGGGGGCAAUUGUGUCAACUGCCCGAGGCAAGGCAGAGGGCCUUCUGGGUAGCUGCGCCUGCUCUGUGGCACUCCCUCCCACCAGAUGUCAAGGAAAUAAACAACUAUCUGACUGAAAAUAGCCUUGUUCAGAGAAGUUUUUAAUGGUUUGUGUACAAUUGUGUUUUAAUUUGUUGGAAGUCACCCAGAGUGGCUGGGCACAACAUAAAUAAAAGCAUAUAAAUAAAGUAUUAUGUUGUUGUUGUUGUUGUUGUUGUUGUUGUUGUUGUUGUUGUUGUUCCAGAGUUUGGCCAAAGUUUGGCAGGAGCACCAAAAUCCCCCAGAGCCAUUUUGGAAACCCACUGGAUCCAUCCUGUCAGCUCAGGCAGGGAGACUGCUGGGCAGCAAACUGGAUGGUAAACCAGCAGACUCCCUCAUCUGUCCCAGUUGCCCAGUGCCAGGAACACACACUCUAGAUUCCCCUCCCCCCUCCACAAGUGGACAGAGAGCCUGGAGAGAGAAAGAGAAUUUUGAUAAACCACAGCUACUUCCCCUCCCCAACCUUCAAAUCUGCCCUGAUGCUGCCCUGAGUAUCCAGAUUUUUAACAAAUAGGUGAGGCCCCAGGGGUUCAGAUCAGGCCUGUGAGGGGACGUACAUCUUUUUUUUUUUUAAAUGAUAUUUAUUAAGAAUUUUAGAAAUACAGAAAAACAAAGAAGAGAAAGAAAGAGAAAAAACAAAAUAAAAACAAACCACAAUCAAACAAUACAAAUUGAUAAAAAUCAAAAUCAAAAAAUAAGAACAAAGCACGUAACACAACACAAUCAAAAAGCAAAAAUAAGCCACAAACAUUUAAAAACAAAUCCAAUAUUCUCGAAUCCUUAGCUGUCAUUACCUUCUUUCUUUGACCUCCUCAGUCCUCCCUUUUUUUGUAUCCUAGUUGUUAAUUGUCACAGCAAAUCCUUUCCAUCUUUCAUAAUAUUCUGUCAUUACAUUACCUUAAUCUAUUUUAACCUUUAUCUUACUAUAAAAGACCCUAAAACUUAAAACUUAGAUCUUAUUUAUACCAAUUUCUCAUAACCAUAACAUAUUCUUACAUAAUUCUUUUAACAUUUUUGCUAAAGCCAAAUGAUUUCGUUCCAACAUUUUUCUAACAUUCAUCAAUUUUAUAAAGCAAUCCUAAUAAAAAAAAAAAAAAUUCUUCCAAUCUUCAUCCAGCGUCUCUUCCUCCUGGUCCCGGGUUUUGUCAGUCCUUUCUAUCCCAUCAAUCUAGCGCAUUAACCUGGUAACCUUAUGUCCGAGGCCCUUAAGUCUCUUCCAUGUCCCUUCCGCAGCUCUUCUUCAUAUUUAUACCUGUACUUUACUUUGUCUCCUGCUCCUUUCACUCGUGGGAACUCCAACUUGACAGUGUUUUUGACCCUUCUCGACAAAUCAGUCCCUUUUCCAUAUUCCACACUAAACUCCAUGUGGUAUUUAAAAACAUGUUUCAAAGUCUCUCCAGAAUUAAGAGCCCCCACAACCCCAAACAUCUCACGGCCCAUUGCCAGACUUGAAAAGUCCAAACAUCCCUGCAUAGGGGGGGUCUAUCCAACCCCCCAUUUCCAAACCAAACCAAACUUUAUCUUUCCAGAUCUGGCUUUUUCCAAGUUCAUUUGUCAGAUCCAAGAACUCAUGUUCCUGCUGGGCCACAGCUCCCUCCAUCUCUGGCGCCCGAGGUUCAGCAAUCUCCUCUUCCCUCAUCUGAUCUGUCAGAGCACGCUCCUGAUUUAAUUCCUGGGUGGGCUCUAUAUAGUACAUCUUUUGUCUAUUCCCUCGAAUAAAAGGUUCUUGACUGCACUCCCAGCUAUGCCCACCCAGAUAUUUACUGCAGCAUCAGCAUGGGGUGAAGAGUUAAUGGUCUUAUUUUAAUCUUUCUGAGCUUCCUAGAUGAAUGUGUGUUAUCACGUGGCCACAGAAAUGAACUUAACAAAAAUAAUUGAAGUCCGCACAGAAAUACAAAGUUGGUCCCCUUAAAUUCCCUAUCUUGUUUUCUUUUUCUUUUCUUCCUCCAUAUCUGGCUUGACUCAAAGACAUCCUUACUAGGAACUUGGACGAUGGUUGGAUUGUAUAUUCAAGGACAUUCUAUUUCUUUUCUCUUGAGCUACGCUCAUGGAUGGAUUCCAAAAAAUACUGUGAGCAGGAGGGCGCCAGGCUCAUUUCUGUGGAAACAAGGGAAGAACAGGUGAGCAUCAAAGCUGAGUACAGGAAGGUAGGAGAUCUCCUUGAGCCAAAGGCUCCUGUCAUCACUAUCCAUUUAAGAAGCUCCAAUCCCCCUGUAUGCAGCCAAGACAGCAACUCCAUCAGUCAAGCCAAGGGGUGGGUGGGGCAGGGAGCAGCUGCUACCAUCUGGGACUCACUAAGGUUUCUUGGAGCUGCUGAGCUCUAAUAGAAUGAAACUGGCAGUCAGGAAAGAGGUCUUGGAGGAGAUACUUGAGGGGCUUCUAUCCCUUGGCUUGCCGGUAAAUUCUUCCUCUGCUCUGUAGAGUCUUCCUCUGCUCCACCCUAACCCUCUGGCAUGAGCGUAUCAUGGAGAUGACUCUAGAGGACCUUGCAAGGUAUAUCCCUCUCCCAGCCCCUUAGCCCAGGUAGAGGGGCUACUGGGGUGCUGCAGGGCACAGACAUGAGUGAGACCCCAUCAUCAGUCCUUCAAGCAUACCACAACCAGACUGAUUCCAGUGUCUCUGGAAUCAACAAGCAAGCAUGGAUGCAGAAAUUGGAGUGUUUGCUACACCGGUCACUGUCCUGCUAGAUGGUUUCAAGACAAACUGUUUUAUGGCACAGUCAUUUACAGUAUCUGGAAAUUUUAACUCUGUUUCAUGAAAGACAUACGUAUGGAAAGACAUAUGUAGCCAGUCUCGGUGAGGGCAGGUGAAGUUACCCUUCACUGUAAUAUUUCCUCUUUGGGAUGCUUCCUUGAUUCCAUCAUCAUCAGCAUCAUCAUAAUUUGGAUCAGGGGGACAAUAGCACAUCCUCAGUACACAAUUAUUCUUGGUGCUUGAUGCAACCUUACUUGGAGUACUAUGUACAGUGGUACCUUGGUUCUCAAACUUAAUCCGUUCCAGGAGUUCGUUCCAAAACCAAAGCAUUUCAAAACCAAGGCGUGCUUUCCCAUAGAAAGCAAUGCAAAACAGAUUAAUCCAUUCCAACCUUUUAAAAGCAUCCUCUAAAACAGCAAUUUAAAUGAAUUUUACUAUCUAACGAGACCACAAAAUGAAAGCAAGAAUCUAUGUAAUGUGCUGUAAAAUUAAUAAGAAGCAUCGUAGAUGACGGAAAUUAAAAUUAUUAUUAUUUUCUUACCUGCACUGAUGAUAGUCAUUGUUUGGAUGGGAUGCUUUUAACCAUUUCCACAAUCACACAAUCAAUCAAUCAACAAGUAGCUGAACUGGGUUCCACAUUCACAAAAACAAAUUAAGCAAAAAAGCCUAAAAAACAAAAAGGCAAAAUAAAUAGCAAAACCCAAAACGCCAAACUUAAUCCAUUCCGGAAGUCCAUUUGAUUUAUGAAAUGUUUGAAAACCAAGGAGCAUCUUCCGGUUAGUGCAGGCACCCUGGGAACAAUAGCCAGACAGGCUCAUCGGACAUUCGGCUUCUGAAAAAUGUUCAGAAACUGGAACACUUACUUCCAGGUUUUCGCGUUUGGGAACCAAGGUGUUUGAGUACCAAGGCGUUUGAGAACAAAGGUACCACGGUAUAGUUUUGAUCACUGCUUCUUAGAAAAAUGUGUAUUGGACUUCCAAUGGUGACACCUGCUCCUUUUGAAACGUAUUUGUUUUGUGCCUGUUGAAUGUCGGUAAAGGGCUGUAGUCUCCCAGAGAAAGGAACAUUGUCUAGAAGGGCUUUGAGAGAAGUGCCUUGCUCCUCAUUGCUACUGAUGAUUUUCUGUUUUUUCUUUCUCCCUUCCCCUACCCUAGUUCUUUAUAAACCAGCAAGUAAAAGGCCGUAAAAUGCUUUUUUGGAUUGGACUCUUUAAAGACAAGGGAGGGACAUGGAGAUGGACAUCAGGAAUGAGUCCUGAAACCACGUAAGUUUAUGAAGAAUGGCAUGCGUUCCAAAUGCUUCUCUAACCUAGUGAAUGCGGUGAUUCAGAAGAGGAUGAAGGCAUGAUUUUAAAUGUUUUGUGCUGCUUAGCUCAGCUUCAAAAGGACUUGCAAGAACCUAAAGCUGAGCAACACUCUCUUUAGGAAAGUAUUUCUGCAGUUAUCUGCUAAACAAGCUGAAUAACCAGCAAUUUCAAACCUAAAAUAAUAGGAGCAGAUGAAGUAAGUGUGUAAGGGAGGGUAGAUGAAGCUCACUUUCUUGGAUAUAAUCAUAGACACAUAGAAAUUUAGCGUUGGAUGAGACCCCAAGGGUCAUCUAGUCCAACCCCCUGCAAAGCAGGAAUCACUGACAGAUCCCCGAUAGUUUUGGGUUGUUUAAGACAGUUCAUGGUUCUCUUUAAGUACCUAACAACUCUUUUCAACCCGUGUUGAUGGAUUGACAAGGUCAGAGUAAGAUCUCACUCAUCCACAGCUUGGUAGUAGAACAGCGAGCUGGUCUGGCAUUUAUUACCAAGACUGGAUGAAUAGAGGGUCGCUUUCUCCUGGAACAAAAUCCAGUGGCAUUCAUCUCCAUUGAUGCAGCCAAUACUAAUCACUUAACCUUUUUGGCAAAGGCAUUGAGUAAAGUUCACAAACGGCCAUUGGAGUUGGAUAAUACCAGCUGGGAACUUAAACCCUGUAUGCCAGUGCUUCCCAGUUAGCUAAGUAGUACAGACCCCUUCUUUUUCAAAAGCCAAGCCAUGGGCCCCUCUACCUUUGAACAUUUGGAUAUCUCUGUGGCAGUUUUUGUUAUGUGAAUGGUGUAAUGGAGCCGCUGGGUGGGUGGUCCUUGGACCUCCAAUUGGUGAAUCACUGCUGUAUGUGAACUUAGACUUGAUCCAAGGGCACAUCCAACCCAAACAUCUCAUGGGAGUAAAAAACACCUACUACACCAUUAUUACUAGUAUCAAUUGAAUAGAUUCAUGGAGAGUUAAAAAUGGGGGAGUUAAAGAAUACAUUUAUCACAGAAUUUUAGUGCUAUGUAGUGGGACUUGAUUCAGUAUACAAUGGACACUGGAGAAUGCAAGGCCAAUAAGUGGGAGGCUUGGGUGAUUGAUUAAACUUAGAACCAUCAUGUAAGAUUUAGAUAAGCUAUAUAUGUGAGAGAUGAUAUAUUUCAAUCAAUGAGAUGAUGAUAUAUUUCAGUCAAUGAGAUGAUGAUAUAUUUCAAUCAACUCUAUAAUGGUUUGUGGUUAUAGAUUAUUUUUUGUAUUUCAUUUGUAGACGUAGCUAUUUUAGUUUCUGUAUACUGUCAUUGCUAUCCUCAUGCAUGGGGUGGGUGAUGGAUGUGAGAUGAGGUGGAUGAAAGCGGAUGCAAAUCUAACAAGUUUUUAAUAUGCUCAGAUCAGUCACUACUGUGUUAACUCGGCUACGAGAGAGUAAGGCUCUCUCUUCCAAAACUCUCUCUCCAUCACCCGCAACAGUACACAGCAGAUCUGAGGAGGAUGUGGGGGAUAUGGAGAGGAGAGAGGGGCGGUUCUGUUGCAGAAAUGGAAAUCCUGGCAAUAGCAGAAGUACUGCAUGGGAUACUACACAAAAUUGUAAAAUAAACUGAAUAAAUUGAAUGAAAGUUCUUGUGUGUACCACUGAGCCUUCCACAGUGACAGCCUCACUUUUUUGUAGUUUCCUAUGAGAAAUCACUUCAUAUGAAAAGAAUGUAGAGAGUCUUAGUUUGUGUCUGCAUGUGUGUGGUGUUCUUGUUGUUGUUGUUGUUGUUUUUACAUGGUUAGAAUUCUAAAAUCUGGGGAGAAAAAUCCAUCACAGUUGUGGGGGGAGGUUAAGAGAGAAAGAUCUGAACAUCUUUUUAAUGGUAGAAGGCAUGGGGAGCAGGUGAGGAAGUAAACAUCCAAUCUUGAUUCAUCAGUGCUGCUGUUUCUUUCUUUUCAGGUACUGGAAUUACUAUGAGCCAAAUUAUGAAGCGUUCCACGACUGUGGGGCAAUGACCUUUGAUUGCUACUACGAGAGAUGCUGGAUGGCAUUUAACUGUGCUCAACGCAUGCAGUAUAUUUGUAAGAAGGUGCCUGAUGAUGCCUGGCUCUAA